AUGGGCAAGCUUGAAAAAAAGCAGGAAGCUCUCGCCGAGCAAUCCUCUGACAUUCAUGACCUCCCGUCCCCCAAAUAUACCUCAACCGCUCCCUCCCACUUCCCUGACGACGACGACGAUGACGACGACGACGACGACAACACCCCCUCCGCCCCUCCGCCCGGCUACAUCCCCGGCCCGUCGCCGUAUCAAAAAGUGCCCGUCGGCUGGAACCUCUACUACAAGCCAUGGUCCAUGCGCACCUACCAUAUCGGCACCCACGCCGACCAGCCCGUCUUUACGCUGGAGCUGCACUCUGGACUCUUAUCCUCACGCCCCUUUCUCAUCCUCCUCGACGGCGGCAGCGGCAGCGGCAGCGGCAGCGGCGGUGCCGACACCAAGACCCAGCCGCGCCGCCUCGCCACCGCCCACCGCGACGGCCUCUUCAAGGCGCACGCCGCCAUCACUCUCCUCCUCGUCGAUCCGCCGCUGACGGAGAAGCUCACGGCUCACACGCGCGGCCUCAGCUUUUCCUUUCCCGUCAGCACCGGCAACAACAACAACAAUUCCAACACGCCGCAACAACGACGACAAGACUUUGAAUGGAGAUACUCGCACGGAAAAGAAGUACGCGCGCUGGAUCGCUGGGGCCAAGGCUGGAAGCUCGUCCAUUUAGAGUCUGACGGUGAUGGCGGCGGCGGUAGCGAGGGCAAGACGACGACGACGACGACGACGACGACGACGACGAGCAGAAAGGAGCGGCCGCAUGGAGAGACGAGCGAUGGACGGCCCGUCGUGGCCGUGCUAGCGGAUAAUUCGAAAUGGAGCAGGACAAAGCUAGCCAGGUUUCACUUUGUCGGCGCGGGUGCGACUGACGAGUUUGGCGAGGCUUGGGCGCUGUAUGUUACCAUGACGGCGCUGCGCAUCUGGGAGAUGACGAUGAAUGCAGGCAUGACGGCGGUGUCUGCAUAG